ACCAAACAAUUGGCAACGUUGACAUACGCGCCAUUGCUUAUCGUCCAGGAAUAUUGUGCAAAUUUUCGUUUUCUCCGUUUUUCAAUAAAAAUUGUUGCAAUUUUUGUUAUAAAUUAACCCAAAAUUGUAUAAAUUACUUAUUUUUCGAUUAACGAUGGAAAUAGAUCAAGAAAUUAAGACUGAAAGCCCGGAAGAGACUGAUUUAAACACCACAAACGCAGCAAAGGCUUGCCGAGACAAUGAGCCAAAGAAAACUCACAGACGGAAGCGGCUGCGCCGUCUGGCCGAUGAUACAACACCGACGACUAAUAAAAAUGUUAGUAAAUGUAAACGCAUUCUUGUAUUCAUUGGCCUGUUUUCAUUCACAAUUGCUCUCUUGAUGGGUCACUAUUAUACGCAGAACAAUUCCAAUACAAAACAAAUACUAAAGGAAUUUCUUAAAAACUAUCGGAAUCAAUAUACUCAAAUUAUUCAUGGGAAACAAAAUUAUUGUGAUCAAAAACAGGCUCUGGACACUGCAGCUUUAUUCGAACGUAUCAAACAAUAUGGCAUUUUAAAUCAGGAAAAAUCUCUACAACAAAUCGAUGUUGCUCUACGAAAUGAAAGCGAUUUAAAUGCCAUUGCAUUGGUAGGUCCAGUGGGAGUGGGCAAAAGUUUGUUUAUGCGCGCCAUGAUGGAGAAUUUUCCCUGGCAGGAAAAUGUUCACAGUUAUGCUUGGAACGCCUAUGUGGAAGACAAAACUGAAAAAAUCCGUCGAUUAAGUUUGUUGAUUGACAACCUCUCGGAUUGUGGACAAAAUCUAUUGGUUAUAGAGAAUUUAUGGCCUGGAGAUUACGAAGCUGUAUCGAUUAUUAAUCAACUUGUCAGAGAAGCGAUUGAAAAACAGCAAAAACGUAUUGUUAUAUUUUAUUUAUUUAGUCUAAAUACAAUGCUGACACCCGAAAAAUAUACUGAACAAAACAAACUUUUGGAUACAGUAACGGAAACCCAUGUUAUUAAGUUUAAUGCAUUUGGAGAAAAUGAACUUAAAGAUUGCAUAAGCAGAGAAGCUGAAAUGAGUGGCUUAAAACUAGGUCCACAACAUUUUGACGAAAUUGUUGCCACAAUUGAUCCUAAAAAAUCGGGCUGUAAAAAUGUCUACGCCAAAGUACUGAUGUACGGUACUGCUAAAUCCAAAGACCACUUGUAAACCAUUUACUACAAGACAAUUAUAUACAUAUUAAAUUAUUAUUAUUAUUAUAUUUUUUUGUUUCCUAUUUAUUGUUUAUUCUCACAACUUCCUAUUCUAAUUGGACGACUGAAAUUGUAUUUUAAAUGAAGAUAAAAAUAAUACUCCCCAAUGAUAUCAUCUUUGUUUAUUUGUAGAUUUUAUGUUAUUAUUUAUGUGAUUUAUCUGAACCAAACAAUUGUACAAAUAAUAUGUUAACGAGUAAGAUAUCAACAUUCCAAUGAAAACUAAAAGAAGAAAACAUAAUGAGAAAAAUAUACGUACAUAUAUAUUUUGUAAUUUGAAA